AUGAAAACCAAACUUGGUCAAAUUCCAUCAGAAGUCAAUGAGAGUCCUGCUGAAUUCCCACUGAUUGCUGAUAAAUUUCUGCCAUGCGAUGAAAAAGAGUUGAAUGAAACCAAAAAUUCUCAAUUUUAUUUCACUAAUACCAAUAUAAACUAUAUAACGGAUAAUUUAAUAUCAAAUUCACAAACACCUUCAGCCUUUACUGAAGUAAUUGGAAAAACUAUCAAAGAUGAUGAUGAUGAUAAUAAUAGUAAUAAUAAAAAUAAUUUUAAUGUGGAGACAAUGUUAAAUUUUCUGCCAAGAAUAGAUACUGUAAAUAAUUCAUUUGGUGUUAAGUCAAAUGUUACUUCUGACAACAUGACUAUCACCGGGAGUAGUAGUAGUAAUAAUAAUAAAAAUUGUUUACUGAAUAUAUCUUCUACAUGGACGUCGAAUUGCACAACUUUAACUUCACCAGUUCACUCUUUCUGCUCAUCGUCAUCUUCAUCUCCAUCACUGUCAUCCACAUGCCUUGUAUCAUCUUCAUCACCACCGUUAGGUAUUUCUGGAAGUUAUUCUAAACUGAUACUGACGUCAAAAAACAACACUCCUACUUCGAUUGAUAAUGGGUCUUCUUUUAAUAGUAGAGUAUCUAAACAAGUUGAACAAGGUCAUAUUUUAAACAAAAUAGAAAUGCCAAUAUUAACUCAUUUCUUUGAGAAUCAUGAUAAUAAAUAUAAUGGAAAAUUUAUAUCAGUUGAUAAACAACAGUCUUUUAAUGACAAUAUAAAAUCUCAAGUACUCAUUGAUAUUUCCGUUAAAAACUCAAAUUUAUUGAAAAAUGGAAAAUUAGAACAGUUUAAAUCAGGAAAAGCACAAAAGUCAACUAAAAGGCUGGACAAUGAACGUUUAUUGUCUACAGAUAAAUUGCAUGGAAGAUUAGAAAAGACUACGGGAAAAAUGAAACGGAUACGUACAUCAUUUAAGCAUCAACAAUUGAGAAUAAUGAAAUCCUAUUUUGAAUUUAGUCAUAAUCCAGAUUCUAAAGAUUUAAAACAGUUAUCACAAAAAACUGGACUAUCUAAACGUGUUUUACAGGUAUGGUUUCAGAAUGCACGUGCUAAAUUUCGUCGUAAUACUAAUAGCCAAGUGUAUGUGGAAAAUUCUAAAUCAAACGAUUCUAUUCCAGUGGUUCAGUAUACAACGUCAACAACAACCACAACAACACCACCACCACCACCACUGAAUAUGAAUCUUACCAAUGAAUCAACUUGUCAAAAUAUCACAGAUCCUAAAUUCUAUACUGGUUUAGGUGCAUAUAAUUAUGAAGAGGAGAAAGCAGAUAGUAUUUAUCCUAAACCAGUCACUUCAGAUUAUGAUAUUUUCUUGUCUACUUCAUCAAAUCAUCAAAAUAAUACACGAUUAGCCAAUAAUUUUUCUUCUCAUGAUGACAAUAAACAUGAUAUAAUUUGUUUAACGUCAGAUUUACCAAAUUAUGGUGAUAAUUUAUCCCAGCCUGUUCGGUGA